AUGCCUAACGGAGCUUCUUCAAUCCCUCCUGGAGCUGCGCCGCUACUCCCCAACCAGGGUCGUGUUAUUCAGACUGGCCCCAUCCGCGUCCUGUGCAUAGCUGAUGUUCGAGGAAACCUCACAUCCUUGAACGACCUGGCAAGACAAGCACGAGCCGAUCACAUCAUCCACACCGGCGACUUUGGCUUCUACGACGACACCUCUCUGGAGCGAAUUGCAGAAAAGACCCUUAAGCAUGUUGCUCAGUACUCUCCUCUGAUCUCGGAGCCCGUCAAGAAGGCGAUCCAGCAGGGCGGCCCUGGGCCCGUCAAGAGCCGAUUCCCCGCAAACGAGCUCCCCCUUUCCGAACUUCCUCUCCUCCUGAGCGGUGAGAUCAAGCUCGAUGUUCCGGUAUACACUGUCUGGGGUGCCUGCGAAGACGUCCGCGUUCUGGAAAAGUUCCGAUCCGGAGAGUACAAGGUGCAGAACCUGCAUAUCAUCGACGAGGCCCGUUCGAUGCUCCUCGAACUCGGUGGGGUGAAGCUGCGCCUUCUGGGUCUUGGCGGUGCUGUUGUUAUGCACAAGCUUUUCGACAACGGCGAGGGCAGAACCACCAUUGCUGGAGGCCAGGGAACCAUGUGGACCACCCUUCUCCAGAUGGGCGAGCUCGUCGAUACCGCCCACCGAGUCUACGAUCCCACCGAGACACGCGUCUUCGUCACCCACGCCUCUCCCGCUCGCGAGGGCAUCCUGAACCAGCUCUCCGUCACCCUCAAGGCCGAUUUCUCCGUCUCCGCUGGACUCCAUUUCCGAUAUGGCAGCUCCUACAACGAGUUCAGUGUAAACCCUACCCUCGACCACUACCGCGGCAAGCUUGCCGCCUCCAAGGCGUCCUUCAACGACGUUUGGGAGACUGUCAAGAACGAGGUUGAGCCGGCCAUCUCUCAGAACGAGGCGCAACAGAACCUACUCAAGAAUGCCCUCCAGAUCGUCGAGAAGAUGCCCACUACUGCCGCCGGCGGUAACCCCUUCGGCGGCCCUGCUGCCGGCCAGGCUCAGCUCGGUCAGGUUGAUGAGAGCGCCUUCAAGAACAUGUGGAAUUUCAAUUUGGCAGAUGCCGCAUUUGGCUGGUUGGUGCUCGAGAUCCAGGACGGCCGUAUUGGAACCGAGAUGCGUGCCCAGGGCUUCAACUUCUCGCACAGAGGUGCUAAGGCGGCCCCGCCCGUUCCCUCUGGACCGGCUAGUGCGAGCAACCUCCCCGCCUCAGUGCCUCCCUCGACGCAGACCACAGCUCUCCCGCCUACCAGCAGACAGUCUUCCUCCCAAGCACCCCCUAAGCCUGCUGUUGCAACGCCUCUGCCGCCUGCCAAGCCUGCGACUCCUCAGCCCUCUACUACUCCUGCGCCGCCCGCCGUACCCCCCAAGGAUGAGCGUCCUGCACCCGCAGCCGCUAACGGAUCGGCCAAUGGCCCUGAUCCUGUCUCAUCGCCUGCGCCCAAGACGCCUGCUCAGGACAUCAUCGGUCUGUUCAUUAUGAAUGUUAGUUCCGAAGAGCAGGCGCGCGAGCUCUUUGACGGUGAGCAUAGAAACAAUAUCCUCAAGGUCGAGAAAUGGGGCAACUCGAACAAGGUUGUCCAGUUCAAGACCGGAGAGGAUCGUGAUGCCGCUCUCAACAGCUUGCCCGAGGACCUCAAGACUCGUGCUCAAGAGGACCGGUCUCGUCCCCUGGUCAAGGUCUUUCAGCACCGCGAGAGCAAGUUCCAGCCUCGCGGCGGUGCUGGCAACUGGGGCAGCAGCAGAGGUGGCGGGAACUCGGCGAACACCGGCAGCGGUUACCGCAGCGCAGGUGGCGCCAGUGACUCUGAGAGCACCCGCCGUGGUGGCCGCGGCGGAGGCCGAGGAGGCCGCGGAGGUGAGCGGGGACGUGGCCGUGGCCGAGGCGGACUUAAGGGCGAAGGUGGUGCCUCGCCUGCUCCUGGCCCUGCCACCCCUGCGGAGUAG